AUGAACUAUAAGUUAGCAGACUUCAUUAGUAAUUACCUUAAUGAAUAGAAACUAUUAACUGAUAAAUACACACGACUUUUUAAUCAGAUUAAACUUGGAGAUAGUAGUUUAAAUAAAACCAGUAGUUCUCAAAUAAAUUUGAAAAAAAGAUCAAAUGAUUAAGAAUACAUGUAUAAUUCAAACAAGGAAAAGACGAAUUGUUAAUAUUGUGGUAAACAGUAUACAAGUUAAUUGCCUUUAAGGAAUCACAUGAAGAAAUUUCAUCUUUAAGAUAAUUAUAUAUCAAGAAAUGAACUUUCCACAAAAUAAAGUACACCAUAUGAUGAAGAUUAUGAUUAAAGGAAGUAAGAUUAUUCAAGGAGAGAGGACAGUUACAAUGAAGCAGACGAAGAAUUGAGACAAAAAUUACUUAGGAAUGUUUAAGCUAUUGAGAAAAGGGAAAAUGGAAGUUAAUCUAUGCUUGAAUAAUAAAAUUAGGAAUUUAUUAUAAGUGGAUUGGAUUCAGAUUCAAGUUCAGAUGAUGAAUGA